UCUGGGCCGUCUAUGGCAAUGGCGAUGAUGCCCAAAAAGGCACUGAAGGUCAACAAGAUCAAGCAGAAGGUGCCAAAACUCCAGGAGCGGUAUGAGCUGCGUAAAGAGCUGGGGGGGAUUUAGAGCCGUGCUCCGUGCUUUUUGCCCGAGAAUGCAGGUGGAGGUGGCGGUGAAGAAGGUGAACCAAUGGGGCGAUUGCGGAGAGGCAAGCAUCAUGAAGCAGAUGGCCCAUGUCAAGAUCGUGAGCCUCAUCGAGGUCUUUGAUGAUGCCAAAGGCCGCUAUUUGAUCCUGGAGCUGUGCCACAAUGGGUGUUUGGGCGAUAUCAUGGAGAUUUGUGGCAAGCAGGAAUUGGCGAGUGUCCGCUAUGCAGUAGCUGGCAUAACGAUUGCUUUAGAACAUGUUCACAGCAGGAAUAUCUUGCAUUGUGAUGUCAAACCACUGAACAUUAAUGUUGAAUGAGCAAUGGACAAGCUAUGCGAUUUUGGUUCCGCCAAGUCGUGUGACACGAUCAGUGUGUUGCACACUGAGUUAGGCAUCUCCGGAGAUGCUGGAGAGGCAACAAGCACACCCCCAUCUCGUUCGGCGUGGAUUGGUGGGCCACGGGAGUCAUUUUGCUUGAGCUCCUGAGUGGCACAUACCCGUGGUUUGACGGAAACUGCGAAGAAGAUGUGACUCAGCAGGUUCGUUUGGGCAUCAACGCGGCUGAUGCGGAUGUUGACCCUCUUGGGUUGGACCUGGUGCACGGUGUAUGCCACAAGGACCAGCUGGAGAGGUUCACCCACAGGGAGAUCAAAGAGCAUCCUUUUUUCUCCAAUUUUUCUUGGACAGAUUUUGAGGAUGGGACAAUGCAAUCGCCCAUUGGCAAUUUGAACAAGGAGAAGUUGGAGUUGGAAAGUCAGGUGGAACUCCAGGCAGAUGCAACUCCCAGGAGGAUCCAGUGUCAACGACAUGUUCAUCGACCAAAGUACCGGAAGUCGUUGAUGGUCACAGCGUGAGUUGAGAGGUUUCAGCCGCCACGAGCAGAGAUGAAGGGCCAUUCACAGCUGCAGAGGAUGAUUGGUGGCCAUGGCUGUCCUGCCUUUGCAGAUGCUUCGGAGCCUGGCAGAAGCUUCGUGCUGUGAAGGAUCCUUUGCAUUUCCCAGGGCGAACGAUGGCCCUGGCGAGAGUUCGUGCAUGAAGCUUCCGUGAUGGAAAUGUAAGUAUAUAUAAAAUUUGCCACUUGAAAUUCCUGUGUGAACCUUCACGGCAAGCAUUUUGAUGGGGAAACCUCCGAAUUAGAUGAUGCAGCCAGUCAAUCAAUCCAGCUUGGGGCGCUUGAGACCUCGUCCGUACCUCCUGACACCGAGAUUGGUACGUACCUCCUGCAGGAGAACCAGAAUCAGCAGGAACUCGCGUGCAGUGGAGCGCUGAUCGCAGAAUGGGCCUCUUUGAGACAAGAAGAGCUGCGACAAGAAGAGGAAGACUUGGAACAAGAAGAUGAGGCGAAUUCUCACGUCGAGCUCCAGUGGCAGUUCAUGGUGCCGCCUGCCGCUUCCCCUUGGAGGGGACAAGCCCGCUUGAGAUGUGGGAGCAAUUGACCAAGAAGACCAACGUAAUGCGCUCAUGGGAGGGCAGGCGGGCAGGCUUUCACUAGUCACUAGCUUUCACCCUUGAAUGGAAAGUGAUGAUAUCCGUCGGUAGAUGAGAAACGCCCCAUCUAGAACGCCCGGUCAACACCCCUGCUCAUCACCAACAUCGUUCUAGAUCGUUCUAGCAGUUUCGGUGUCACCACUGUCACUGCAAGACCCGAUCAACAUCCUGUUGCAACAGGAUGGUGUCACCGAG